AUGGACAUCGUCGUCAUCGACGGUAGGUGGUCGCCACAGGUACUCCCCCGCCCAGACACAGCGGCAGCUGUGGUUGCAGGUUGCUUGUUGUGGGGCAGGUUGCAGCAGAAGCAGGAGCCCGCGCUUGUGCAGGCGGGUGGGAGCUUCCGAAAGGAAGGUGGUGAUGACGCAGCAUGGGAUGGAACGCAGAUGGGUGAUGCGAUGAAGGGAGGCAGGUGCGGUGCUGAAGGAGUCGCUUUGAGGCGCUUGAAUCGCUUUGAGUCGCUUCAACUCAGAGAAGUAGGCAAAAAGUUUCCGUCGUCGGAGUUUGUUUACAAAGUGAGGAAGCCGACGAAGGUGCUCGUGAACACAACCGCCGAACGAAGAAAGAACCCAGCACUGUGGUGGAAGAAGAAGAAGAACAAGAACCCAGCAGUGAGAAGAAGAGGAUCACAGACCGCUGUCCCGACUGAAGCAGUGAGCCCUUCCCUGGAUCCGGGCCGCCUUUACGAAAUGGCUAUAGAAGUGUACGACCAAGAAACGAAAUUCGAAGAAGUGCAAGAUGCAGUGAAGACCUUGCGAGUCUUUGUGGCAGCAGCAUUCGUGGUACUUUCCCUGGUCACUGGAAUCUCUAUCGGGGUUGUGCUUUACGGUUGGAAGUCAGGGAUGCCCUCGACAUCAAACGUUGUUGACUUGGAAGAGCCACGAAGGACGAUGCCAACGAGUUCAGCGCCAUCAGGAACAACGGCGGACGCAGGCAAGGGCGACCAGGUCACGAAAAGAGUGUGCGACACUGAAGACUGUCACUACAUGCGAUGGUUGAUUGGCACGUCUGUUGACAAAUCGCUCGAUCCCUGCAGCAACUUCUACAACUACGUCUGCAAGGGCGCUCUGAGCGCUUUCAAAGGCGAACUUGAUCACGGCAUGAUGUUUAAUAUGUACGUAAAAUUGGCAUUUGACAUUGAGCAGUGGUUAAGAAACGGGCGCGCUCAACCUCGAAAUCAAUCUGCAUACGAGAAGGUGAUCGCGACGUACCAGUCCUGCAUGGACGCUAGUGAUCAAGCUGUUGAAGCGAGUAGGAGAUACGUCGAGGACUUUCUGAAGGGCCAUCGAAUGGCAUUGACAGAAAUUUUAGAUUUCGACCCGAUGACCAAGCAGUUGGAAUUUUGGUUCGCAGACUUGCCGUUGAUGUUCGCGAUUGAGCCGUUCCCACGUCGCAGCAUAAAUCAGGUUUACAUACAAGUCGUCCCGCACAUGAUUCUGCAUCGGACAAUUCAUGGGAAUACUUCUGUCGAUCGAAAGGCGUUUGUGGAAACCGUUUUAAGGGCCAUAUUUGCCGUCAAGGAUAUUGACGGCGCUACCGUUGACUCCGUCUUAGAAGGCGAAGACAGGAUUUUCAACCUGAGCACAACGCUGGAUUGGAAUGAGCUUAUUAUCCCUGUGUCUGAACUGGGUUUGUUUGAAAAUGAUCAGACGCUUGGGAGGAGGUGGAUCCACGCAAUAGAGAAGUACCUCCGGGAUGACAUCACGCAGAUCAAAUUAAGAACUCCCGUCGGCGUCGCUAUGCUUUUCAGUGCUUUCUUUGGAAGCAAUGCCGUCAUCGCUAAUGAAACAGUUCAAGCAGCAGUAGCCUGGAUGUUAACAUACAACUUGUAUGCUUCAGCUGGCUUCGAUGACGAUAGAACUGACAUCACUCGAACCAGACAACGAUGUUUAUCUGAUAUUUUUCAGAUAUUUCCAUCAGUUGCGGCUUCCAAAGUGUUGCUGGAAGUCGUUAACAGGUCAAGAGUGAACGCUGUGAACGCAAUGAUGGACGAAGUCGGCAAGCAAAUUAGGGUGUCGUUCAUGAACUCGAAGUGGCUGGACAAUGACACCAAGAAACGAGCGGUGAAGAAAUUGUCUCUCGUGAUCAGGCUUCUAGGGUAUCACUACGACAUGAUGUCACCCCAAGAGUACGACAAUUACUUGAAAUAUGUUCCUGACAUGAAGGGAGUGUACAUACAGAAUAUUCUCGAGGCUUCCAAAGGACAAGCCAAACAUUAUUGGGGGGCAUGGAAGCCCAAUGCCCUCAAUUUGUCCAUUCACCAGCAGACAGUUUCCAUACCACUGUACGCCGUGAAUGGCGUAAAUUUCGGUGGUUUAAACAUGAUAUUUGUGCCUGCGGCAUCAUUCUACCGUCCACUGUUCACUUACGGUGGUCCUCCGGAACUCAAUUACGCCGGUGUAGGCCAUAUAAUAACGCACGAAAUAAUGCACAGCUUCGACAACAAUGGUGUUUAUCGCAAUGGUUAUGGUGAUGUGGACCCGUGGUUUACGAAUCAAAGUAUCGAAGCCUUUGGAAACUUGCAAGCCUGUUAUUCAGAUCAAAUUGAUCGUGCACCAAGAGCUCGGGCGUUCCUUGACUACCCCCACGAAUACCUGGCAGACACACUGGCCAUGGAAUCUCUUACGAGGGCCUACCAGAAAGCGUCUGCCAUUUCAAAGGUUACUCUGGGUAACGUGAAGGGGCUAACAAGUGAUCAGCUGUUUUACAUAACGGGGUGCCUUAUGUGGUGCGGUGUUCCUAGCCUGGUGAAAAGCGGUUCCCAUCCUGAUCUGGACGAAAGGUGUAAUGUACCGUUCGUGAACUCUGAACACUUCAGUGAAACUUUUUCGUGUCGCCCUGAUGCACCCAUGAAUCCGUCAAAAAAGUGCCGCUUCUUUUAGAAGCGCGCUCAAACUGCUGCCUCCUCAAAUAAACGUUUCUAACGUA